CGCUUUUUGAAAUUAGCUGUCAAGUGAGACACUUAGCUGUUACAGCGCUGCUAAAACCUCCAAAACAAUAGGAAAACCUAAAUGAACCAAUAUAUUUGAAAAUCUGAAAGCAGGAAUCGGUUGGUCACUCUAGUCUUACUAUAUUAUAUCUUAUAUCUGUAAAGUAAAUCAUCAUGGGCGAGGUGGAGCUGUCCUGCCGGGCUUAUGUGAAGAUGUACCUGCACGCCUGCCUCUUUCCGCGUUGCAGCAUCAACGGACUCCUGUUGUCGUCCAGCUCAGCAGGCGGUGCUGUCUGUGUGACAGACUGCGUCCCGCUGCUUCACUCCCACCUGCCCCUGGCUCCCAUCACUCAGUUGGCCCUCACACAGGUGGAUGUGUGGUGUUCACAGACUCAGCAGAGGAUAGUUGGAUACUAUCAAGCCAAUGCCUGCGUUUCAGAUAGCAGCCCGACGCCGUGUGCACUGAAGAUAGCUGAUAAGAUUUCUGAGCAGUUUGACAACGCAGUUUUGUUAAUGCUUGAUGGCGGAAAGAUGUCGCCAGAUUAUCGGGUUCCUCCCAUUGUGAUGUACGAGCGUAAAGACUCAAGAUGGAUGCUCAAAGACAAACACACGAUAAUGCUGAGACAGUGGGAGGAGACUCGGGCGAUUGCCAGUCAGAUGCUGGAGUCAGGUGAUCACACACUACUGGUGGAUUUUGACAGCCACUUGGACGACAUUACAAAGGACUGGACCAACCAGAAACUGAACAUCAAGAUAGCCGAGCUCACCUCGCCAGCCAACGGGAACAUCUAGACUGAGAAGUAGCAUCAGUUUGUGGUAGAGCUCAGAUUUAUUUAUGUUCUCACCCGACAUCAUGUGACUUUUAUAAUCUGACACAAACACACAGAGAUUAGGUUUAUUUUUAAUGCCUUUUCUGGACUGAACAGGGACAUGACAUAGAACAUGCAUAAAUAACAAAUAUAUGUACAGCUUGGUAGAUCUCCACAGUCAUCCACCCCCUCCUCAGAGUAUGCCUUGUGGUCCAGCCCAACACGCUGCUGAUUUAAAGGAAAAAUUCACCUUAAAUACACCUUUUGACACUAUUUCAAUGCACCUGUGGUACUUUUGAUCCCGUUUUGUCUUUUUGUUGCUUUUUAUUGUUAUUUCUGUGUACAUAACAAGCUCCAGGGAGUGGACAAAUAACAGAAAUGCCUUACAAUACAAAAGUUCUGCAGUAAAUACAGAUUUGUUGAAGCUCAAAAGGUUUGUUUUCUGUCAGACUGUUAGGUGAUUCAGGUUUGAAUGCAUGAUAUCCUGAUUAGCUGAUCAAGUGGAAAAACUAGAAAUGCUUAUGUAUAAAAAUAUAAAAGUUAUAAAAGUUUAAAUUUAUAUUGCACUAUAAUUUAGUUGUAAGCAGAAGUGUUUAUUUAUGUAUUUCUUUCAACAACUUUAACUUCUCCUGUGGGCACCCCUAAGUGGCAGCUGCUGUAUAAAUAAUAGAUAGAUAAUCGAUGGCAGUAUAGUAAAGGACAGUAUAUGUAAUAAUAUAAAAUGUCUUCUCAGGAAAAGUAAUGAUUGUUGAUAAACAUUCUACAUGAAUAAACCCUUAAAAACGUCCUUUAUAGCUGCAUACAGCCACAUUAUAGUUUGUUAAAAGUAGUUUAUUAAAUGGUAAUUAAUGCUGAAAAGGGGGUUAAAGUAAAGUGUUACCAUAGCAACUCUUGGACAUUUUGUAUAUGAAUUCUCAUAAAUCAUGUCAACUUUUGCUCAGUGUUAACCGCAUUAGGAAAGAGGAACAGUGUUGCAUGCUCAAGCACACACUUAGCACCAUAUUUGCAUGUAAACACGCCAAAUUACCACCUUUUAAAAAAUGACCAACAAGUUGUAUAGAUGCAUCUGAGAGCCUCGACAAAAGCCAAAUAUCCUGAGCUUCAGCAGACUGAAUUUAUUGCAGGACUUCUGUACUGAAAUGUAGGUUUUGUACUUUUGUUUGACCCUUACCUAUACACAAUGAUGCCAGUAAAAUAUUUUGAAAGAUUUCAAA